AUGAAUGAGGCAAGUGUAUGCAGUGAGGACAUUGACAACAGUGGCGUGCUACUAGAGAAUGAAGAGCUUGAGAAGAUUGUGGCUUUUCGGCAAAGUCUGGAUCCCCCAGAAACUGCUGCUAUAGCUAAUACUACCGUCAGCAAUGCUCCCACAAUGGCAACGGCGGCACACCCGUUCAUGACGGAAAUUGUGAGGAACAUUGAACGAUGGCCCAGCAGCAACGGCAGAAACAACACUAUGAAUACCGUUACCGUUACACAAGCACAAGCACAAGAACCAGGGGCUUACUCUGGUACUCCAGGGGCAGAGCUACAGAGAAACAGGGAACCACGAUUCAGUCUGCUGGGUGUCCCUGCAUCAACAGAAGCAGCAGCAGCACAUGUACUUCAGGAGCCAUCAUCACUGCAGAUGCUACCUCCACCGGAAACGAGGCCAAGUGAUCACAGUGGGCUCGUCACAGCAAGCUUGGUAGAAGAGAAUUCCGAAAUGUUGGCCAGAUUGCCCCAAGCACAAGCUCAAAAUCUCGAUUUGGAAGCUGCCAAUCAACAAACCAAUCAAACAAGGAAAUUCAGAGCAAGAGUUUUGGUGGGAGUCAGUUUUAUGAUUAUUGGCGUCAUUUUUAUUAUCAUUAUCAUCAUUUUGAUGGCAGUUUUGAUCCCAAAACAAGGAUCCUCCAGGAACCAAGAUAGUACUACGAAUAUCAAUGGAUCUACAACAACACCGGUACUACACAACACCAAUAAUGCUUCCCUAUCCUCCACUCCAACAUCUCUGGAAGACUCUUAUUUGUCAUUGCUCCCAGAGGACACUGUGCAAAUCAUACUGCAAGACCCACACUCACCUCAAGCACAAGCCUUUGAAUGGCUAUUGCUAGAUCUAGAAAACAACGACGACGAUGAUGAUAUCAUGGAUAUUCGACUAGUAGCAGCAGAUCGAAUCAAACAGCGAUUUGCCUUGGCAACAAUCUACUAUGCCACACAAGGAGAGUCAUGGACACACAAUGACAACUGGCUCAACUACAGCAUCCAUGAAUGUGAAUGGUUCACACGACAAGAAUUCGCAUUGAUUGCUACAUUUUCUGCCGUACUCCCCGGAUAUAUUUCCGAGUUUCAGCCACCAAAUGCAACCUGUGAUGCAGAUACGGGACUUUAUCAGCAUCUCUGGCUAGAUCAAAAUAAUCUUGUGGGUUCACUGCCAGAAGAGCUGUACAUGCUGACUACUCUCAAGACACUCUCGGCUGGUUUCAAUAAACUCCAGGGUUCCAUUUCCACACUUAUUGGGAAAAUGACCACACUGGAAGGACUGGUGUUUGCCUUUUCGGAGAAUGGAGGAAUCAUUCCAUCAGAAAUUGGACUCUUGACCAAAAUGACAUCCUUGGGACUCCAUAGCACCAAUCAUCACGGGAAUAUCCCCAAAGAGCUCUGGCAACUCACCAACUUGAAUUCUUUUUGGUGGCUGCAAUCUUACUGGCACCCUCCCAACAGAGCUUGGAUUGGUAACGAAUCUCGAAUGGAUUACCCUGGAAGACAAUAA